CCCGCCUUGGGUUCGGCAGUAAACUGUCCUGUUGGUCCCGUUCAACAUGGAUCUGCUGGAUGUUAUGCUGUUUUUGGCAGUGACCACAUGCACAGUGAAAGUUUCUCUUCAAGGAGCUAAUCAGCGCAGACUCUUCAAGGAUCUGAUGUCCAGUUACAACCCACUGGAGAGACCAGUUAGCAACGACUCUGAGAGUCUCACUGUGGAACUUGGCCUCAGCCUCAUGCAAAUUAUGGAUGUGGAUGAGAAGAACCAGGUUUUAACAACCAACAUCUGGCUACAACUGAGCUGGAAUGAUUACAGCCUCCAGUGGAAUCAAGAUGACUAUUCAGGGGUGUCCAAUGUGAGAUUCCCUGACCACCUAAUUUGGAAACCAGACAUCCUCCUCUACAACAGUGCAGAUGAAAGAUUCGAGGCCACUUUCCACACCAAGAUUGUGGUCGACUCCAUGGGUCAUUGUUCCUACAUCCCACCAGGAAUCUUUAAAAGCAGCUGCCACAUCGAUGUGCGCUGGUUUCCCUUCGAUGUCCAGAGAUGUGACCUGAAGUUUGGCUCCUGGACAUAUGGAGGCUGGUCUCUGGACUUAAAGAUGCUGGAUGCAGACAUUACCAACUAUAUUAGCAAUGGAGAGUGGGAUCUUGUUGAGGUUCCAGGACGGAAGAAUGAGCGCUUUUACAAAUGCUGUCCAGAGCCAUACCCUGACAUCACUUACACCGUGGUCAUGAGGAGGCGGACCCUUUACUACGGCCUCAACCUGCUUCUCCCCUGCGUCCUCAUCUCCACUCUGGCUCUGCUUGUCUUCCUCCUACCGGCGGACUCUGGGGAGAAGAUCUCUCUGGGAAUUACUGUUCUGCUCUCCCUGACUGUCUUUAUGCUGCUAGUUGCAGAGAUUAUGCCCGCCACGUCAGACUCCGUGCCUUUAAUAGCUCAGUACUUUGCGACCACCAUGGUCAUUGUUGGUCUGUCAGUCAUCGCUACAGUCCUGGUUUUACAGUUUCAUCAUCACGACCCUGCUGGAAGCAAGAUGCCAAAGUGGACCCAUGUGUUCCUCCUGAAUUGGUGUGCCUGGUUCCUGCGUAUGAAGCGCCCUGGUGAGGACAGAGUCCGUCCCGCCUGCCACAACAAAGCCCCCCGGAGCAGCCUGACCAGCAUGGAGCUCAACACCACCGUCUCCCACUCCACCAAUGGAAACAUGCCCUAUGUUGGGCUCCAGGGCCUUGAGAGCCUACCCUGCUCGACCGGAGCCACCUCGCCCGACUCUGGCGUUCACUGUGGACGCCCGCUGGGGCGAGCAGUUGAAGAGGAGCUGCUCCUCUCCACAGGUCAGGGCUCCACAGUGGGCAGCGUGGAAUCAGAACUCAUCAAGAUCCUGGAUGAAGUGCGCUAUAUCACUAAACGGUUUCGUAACCAUGAUCAGGAGGAGCUGGUGUGCAAUGAAUGGAAGUUUGCAGCAUCUGUCAUUGACCGGCUCUGUCUGAUGGCUUUCUCACUCUUAACCAUCUUUUGCACCAUCGGAAUUCUCAUGUCAGCACCCAACUUUGUCAAGGCCAUUUCCAAAGACUUCUUCAGUUGAGGACUUAAUCAGGAAAUAAAUACGCCAGAAAGGAAUAAAUAACUACAUAGACAGAGUAGUAGUAGCUCAGAAUGUUGUCAUUUGGAAACAUAUAAAUCUGACUCAGUAUAAUCAUAGAGAACUGAAGUUCUGUGACCUGUGACCUUAAUUCAGAAAAAAAGAUUACUACAGUCGAAGGUGAGAGUAAUUUUUUUUAUUGUUUAAAUUACUUCAUAAAUUACUCAUAUGAUAUUUUUUCAGUUUGAAUGAUAAUUUUAGAAGUUAAGAAAGUCACAGUUUGUGGUAGAGCUGCA